AUGUUUCAGAAAGAAAUGUUCCAGAAAUGGGGAUCAAGCCGGAAUACCCCCUUCCUUGCAUUGCGAAACGUUGAGAAUGUUCAUCUUACGUGUCAAGCCGUCUUCAAUCAGGUAGUCAUGGCAUCCUCAUGGUCUGGCAUGUGUCACAGGUUCGAUUGUCGACACUCGGACUUGCGGAUGAAGACCGUGGGGGAUAUACUUUGUACUGUCCUGAAAGAGACUCUUUCUAAAUCUUCCCAUGCAACACAUUCUCCUGACGAACUAGGCUGGGAUCUCAGGGACCUGUUCAAUGUGUACCGUGAGGUUGCACUGAUGAAUCAAAGCGACGAGGAAGUGUGGAUUCUCCUCAACUUUAACGAGAGCAUUGAUUCCUCUGCCUGGUUACUGGACACGCUGUACGAUCUAGCCGCCAAUUCGGACCUGCAUUUUCGUGUAAUAUUCAUCAACAAUCCAGAUUCGACUCUGAGACUUGAUUCAGAAUACACAACCUUUCUCGACCGUACUGACCCUGAGCAACGUCCACCAGAUGAGCGGUCUUCUUCAGGCCCACAAAGCCCUCCGAAGGCUCCAGUCAGUACCAGUGAGCAGACAAAGGACUUGAUUAGUGAGGGAGAGGACGUCCCGGACGAAAUAACUAGAUACCACACUCAGUCGGUCCUCCGAAAGGCAGAACGUCGGACUCUAGAGGUGAUACAGAAAAGUCCAUGGGUGGCUCCCGUAGGUCUGGAACUAUUCAAAUUGUUUCAAACCUUUGACGUAUCGGAAAAACACAAGGAAAUGAUCAUGAGAUGGCUCGCCAAUCUUCCAGUGUCCGUCUGUCCGACGGCUAUGCAGGAACAAAUAUCAAAUAUCUCGGAUUCACGCAUAGAGUCGACUUUCAAAUUGAUCUUGAGCUUAGAUCCAUUAGCACUAAGCAAACCCGACUCAACGAUAAGCAUCCUAGAGCUUGUGGCACUGGCCUUUCGACCUCUUACUUACCUCGAGCUGGCCGAUCUGGAAGAAGCUCGCAAGUCCUGGGAGACUGGUUAUAUUUCACAAGUGAUGCAACCUACGUCGAUUUUCUCCGUACAUCCUGGGGUUUUCAAUCUUCUGGGAAACGAAGUGCACUUCGGUCACCCAGAAUUCCGAUCCUAUUUACUCUCAGGAGACUCUCUGCUUCUAGAUCUGGAAGCAAUGAACCUACCGAAACGGCAUUCUCUUUUCGUGCGGUUAUGUUUGGAGUACCUGACUUCUUCACAUGGCCUGAACAGGCUCGAAGUUUCCAUUGUUAGCUCAGACGACGUCGGUGCUCCUGAGAGUCGAAUGGAUUUUCUUUCCUACGCCGUACAAUUCUGGCCCAAGCACGCCAGCCUUGCCUGCUCUGAAUGGUCUCCUGAAGAUAGCGUGGCUCAGAAAUUUCUCUCAAAUACGCUUCUGCUCGACCUUUGGGGUAGGGUGUAUUGGCACCGCACCAGUUCCGCCACUCGACCAAGCCUCGAGCGAUCGGGCCCGUUAGCGACCCUUAUAGAGUUUGCCCCAGAGUCCACGCUUCAGGCCACACUCGCAGCCCACAAGGGAACAGAAUGGAUAAAAGGCCAAUAUUUCAAUGCCCUCCUAGCCGCCGCCCGAGGUGGAAAGUCUGAUACAGUUAGUUUGCUGUUACAGGAUCAGUCGCUCGACUCGGGGAUGUUCGACCUUGCAUUACAGGCAGCUUUGAAAUCUCAAGACGAGACGACGAUAUCGAUGAUCACAUCUGAGGCUCCCCAGACUUAUCCAUGCUCGGUUGCAAUCCCAACGGCUCUGCGUAAAGCGUUGGAAAUUGGUCAAGAAAGUGUCACCAAUCGGCUGCUGCCGCUCAUAUCAUGGGAGACUAUUGAAGAGGACAACAAGAAAAGCAUCCUUGCUGCAGCCAUCAGUGGUAACAAUGUCGACAUAGCGAACGACCUGCUUGAACGGUUCCAAGGUACACAGGCCCGGGAUAUCUCCGAAGCAGUGUUACAGGCAGUCAGAAACGGGCACGCGGCCCUCUCGAGCGUCUUAAUGGCCCAUUUAUUGAAGUUAUUGAAGGAGGAGGAACGUCACACAACACUUCCCGGCCUCUCUGCGACCACAGUAAAUGGGGUAGAAGAUGAACUCACCACAUCCAAUGACAGUAGCAAUCUCAAGAGAUUGGACGCUCUUGAUACUGGCGAAGCGCAGGUCCCUGUCGAGUCUCGGGACGCUGGUAUUACUACCAACGAGCAAGAGGACGCAACGGGUGUAAUUCUCCGGGAAAGAUCUGAGGAGUCUGCAGCGAGCCCUCCCGCCGACUCAUACUAUGCUGAAGUUGUACUGAGCCACGCGAUUGACCAUGGCCAGCAUAAUGUUAUCAAGUCAUUGGUCGAAGUUCUCCGAAAUAAUCACAGCUUUCCAACAUCCAUCAAACCCCUCCUAGAGACCGCAAUUGUGCAAUGUAGACCCAGGUGCCUGUCUACAAUACUUAAAUUAUGCGAAAACAUAAGUCCUCAGUCGAAACUCGACAAGAACGAGCUUCUAGAUCUCGCCGCAUCGAGAGGCAACGUCGCUGUCAUCAAUCAGCUUCUACAAGGAUUUGUUGUUCUUGACGACGAGAGCUUCCCGGAGGUUUUCCAGAGUGCAAUGAAGAGAUCACCAGCCACUCCAGACGUUGUCCAGCUUUUCAUCGAACGUGGACGAAACUGUGUUACGCCGGACACUUUUGUCGACCAGCUGAAUAACAUGGAACCAGCUAUCGACAAUCGGUCAACAGAGAUCGUCAAGUUGUUAGUUUCCGCAGGAGCCCAGUUGGACAAAAGAUCGAUUUCGGGCAGCGGAACGCCGUUGUAUGAUGCAACCUAUCAAGGCCGUGUUGAGAUUGUGGAGACCCUAAUCAAGGCCGGUGCUGAUGUCAACAUUUUUGAAGAUGACGAUGAAGGUUGGUGGCCAGUACACGCCGCAUUUGAUAACCCGCAAAUCAUGAAACUACUCCUUGCUCACGGAGCCAACGUCAAUGCGAGGACAUGUGACGGAGACACCGCUCUAUAUCUUGCUACUAAGUGGGGAUAUGAAGACUGCGUUGCGGAAAUUCUCAAGCACAAACCUGAACUGAACUGCUUAAUCCGAGAUAGCACAAUAUUAUUCAGAGCUGUGGAUGGUGACGAAUUAGGAAUCGCCGGAUUGCUACUAGAUGCUGGCGAAGAUCCUUGUCACCCGGCGACCAAAGCUGCUAACGCGCUGCUACUUCAUGAGUGUGUGGAGAACGAGCAUGUAGACCUGCUCAAGAGACUAUUGCUUUACAACUUUGACUUGGAGCAUGUGGAUGAAUUGGGACGGACUGCGCUUAACUGCUUGAGCAGUGCGAAGGAUAUUCCAACUCUUCGCCUCUUACUGCGACGUGGGGCAAACAUAGAAACCCAGGACGUUCCGUGGAAUGACACACCAUUGUCAAAUUCUGUACGCCUUGGCGAUGUUGAGCUCACUUCCUUCCUCAUUUCUGAGGGCGUAAAUACGAACGCUACCAUAGGGAGAUACCACGAGUCCACACCACUGCUCCUGGCUUGCGGGCAAUGCUUGUCACGAGAUAUACUCCGCGUCCUUGUAGACAACGGUGCAAAUACCAAAAUUGUUAGCGAAGGUGUCAGUGGCACUAUGUUCCAAACUGUUUGCCAAAGCGCACACGAUUCGCGAGAGGAAGUCAUUUCGUAUUUGCUAGAGAACGACUUAGUGGACGUCGAGCUGACAAGCAACUGGUGGGGCAGUAAUUUGAACACGGCGUGUUUGAUGACAGAUCCGGAUGUUGUCGACAAACUCAUCAAACGCGGCGCAGACGUGGAUGCGGUUGAUAGGGCGGGGCGAAGACCAGUACAUUUUGCUUUGUAUCGGACGAUCGAACAUGUAAACACACUUUGCGACCGUGACGAUGGGAAGAAUGCCGACUUGUUCGCCCUUGAUCACAUGGAACGAAAUGCCCUCCACUUUGCCGUCAUCAGUGGCCGACUGAAUCUAGUCCAGCACAUCAUUGAGCGGCGUCCGGGUUUGGCGAAGGGAAAAGACUGUGACGGAUGGACGCCGCUCUUCUGGGCGGUCCGCGAUGCGUUCAAAUGGAACGUCGAUACUUCCGAACGCGCUGCCAUCAUCGAGGCAUUGGUGAAGGAUGGCGCAGAUAUUAUGGAUGUGGUCGAGGGCCUGCCGCACAGAUGGGCGACGUACCAGGUUGCGCGCUACUACGGGCUCGACAACGACAUCAUCAAACUCGUAACGCCGACGGAAGAACAAGUUUUACGGAGCGAUCUGCGCGCGUUCUGGUAUGAGAGUCUCGCUGCUGAAUCUCGAACUGCGCGAAGACAUGACGACUCCUUUUGUGAUAUCUGCCUGUUGGGCCUCGUCGGCGUCUUCUUCAAAUGUACCGAGUGCAGGGGUUUCGCCAUAUGCUUCAAAUGCUACUGGUCCCGGAACCGGAAUCUAGUGCACGAUCCGCAUCCUUUUGAGUCCAGGUACGAGGACGAUGAGUAUGAGGAUGGUGGUAAUGAGGGACCAGCUCCUGCUGGAUCUGAGCACCCGGAUUCAACGGACAGCCCCGUUGCGAGUGAGGCGAGCGACUCUGAUUCAGAGGACGAGGCUGUUAGGUCAGAUUCGGAUAAUUCGUCUUUUAGCUGA